UAUAUAAAUAUAUAUAUAUAUAUUUUACACGGUUAAUUAUAUAUCUAAAAUGUUUUUACUUCAGCUUGUAUUGACAACGUUACUAGUUGCUCAUGGAAAUGCCGUGUGUAGUUUUCCAUGUGAACAGCAGGAAAGAGCACAGUACAUCUUUAUCACUGGUGGUUCUGCCGAGUUGACAUCUCUCGAAUACUUCCGCAAUCAAUCUCACUUAGUGCAGCUUUCGCCUUCGGGAGAAUUUGCUGAAUGUCAUUACAGAACUGGACCAUUUCUUGUCGCCCGACGACGUGGCAAUGAAUAUACCUGUGUCAAAAGAUUGGCUUUGGACCCAACUGGUGGAAUAGUAGCAUGGUAUGGACUACCAUGGAGGACUUUCAGAUCGACUCCACCGCUUUGUGAAAUUUGCUAUGGACAAUGGAGCUCCGCACUUCUAUUAGCAAGAGAUUUGCAACGUAGGGCAAACAGUAUAAGAAGUUCGUUCAGAAUACCACCAAUGGGAUGCAACGUGCCAAAGAACUGCCCUAUUCGUAACCCGAGAGUAGACAUUCCUUGUACUGGAUGUGAGCCAGUUGAAGAUGAUGGCCUUUGUUGUGCUAGAGAAACAAGAUGUCAUGCUAAAGAACGAUCUCGAGGAUAUCGUGCUCAAGAAACAAGACAUCGCGUUAAAGAUAGAAGACAUCGUCGUUAUUAA